UGGAGGGGGGCAUGGAAUGAACAGAAUCUAUGUCAUAUAUCUAGGUAGGUAAGAUUGCUUGAGGCUCUGUAGAUCAUUAUAUGGAUGCUUGAUUUUCUGGAGAGAAAAUGAUAAGAUACGGAUAGAUAGAGAAGACAUCGAUAGCCGUACCUACUUGCUAAGAAGUGAAGAUAUUGAACUCGGGAAAAGAGAAAAGGGACGGAGGCGCGUUUACUCAUAGUUGGACUCGACUCGAAGAUCCGAGACUCGAGACGAUAGUCGGUGGACAAUACCUGCGGCACAGGACUUGAGAUGGCAGGUUCAUGGUUUCCUACCGGGAAAGAGGUUCGGUAUGUUCGACAUCAUUUUUCCCAUCCUGCUCAUAUAUUGACCACAAACUAACAAUUACCCAAGUGAUGGAUGGAGAUUAGAUAUCGUGUCGCUAUUGGCAGUCAUUGGAGAAUCUGCCAUGGCCGAACACUCCCAAGCCAUGACCUCCUCAUGGAUGUGCAUGCUUCCUCGAAUUAUCCCCGCACCACAAGUCCUCCUCAAAUCCUCUCGUCCUUCUCGAAUGCCACAGGUCAACGCGGCUGUCGUCGGUGUUCAUAAUGGAGUUUACGUACAAUCUCUGAACUUUUUUCCGAAUAUCAUACAUCCGAUAGAGGAUCUCAAGCCUUUCGAGUUCAAAGUUUUCGAAAUCAAGCAUAGGAAUGCCCCACGGCAGCUAGCGUCUCCACCGGCAUCUACAAACAAAGAGAGACAGGUUUCGGCUUCAAGUAGUGUAGAAACUGCACAUUUAGAAAGUGGGACAAAAGUUCAACCUCGGCGUCGGGACACUCUCGCAGCCAAAAUUACCCAUCGCGCAACUAGCCUGGAUGGCAAGAAACCUCACGUGCCAGCUAAACUCUGGUCCCCUCUCAACUGUCUAUCUCUUAUAUCAUUUUUCUUGACUAUCGGUCUUUUCAUAUGGGCGGUAUUAACUCAUGACGGAACUGCUUGCGUUGCCCUUUUCACUAUCUCUCUUGCCUCAUCUAUUGUAGGCUACGCAUCAUGCUGGUCACCUGCACUCAUGAAUCGCAAUAACAAUAGCAAAGUCCCAUUGGGUGACGUUGUGAUCCGCACCAGGGAAGGCGCCUUUGUCGUAGUCAGAUGUGAUGAGGAGGUUGCCCGGGAAUUGUACAACGGAACUGAAGAAUGUCAAUACUACGUCGAUACGGAUCCUUACCGAGUACUCGUCGGCAUCGGUACCUUCUUACUCAUGGUUUCAGUCGUGCUUCUCGGGAAUUGUGAUUUCCAAAUGCAAAUUUCCAUCGGUGCAUCCUACAUAGUGCUCAAUGGCGCAUUCUGGGGCGUAGCUCUCAUGAACAAGGGAAGAUUCUGGGAUCUGUCCAGUUAUGUAUGGGACGACGUUACGCCAGGAUCGGCACGGGAAGCACAUUUGGCUCAGGAUGAAAACGAUGUUGAAGGAAAGCCUUCGUUUACCCGAACACUAUGGUACGCGAUCCGGGAAACAAAGAAAAUCGGAUGGGUGAAGACUAGUGGAGCCGCACCACAAACUGUGAAAUGGGAACAGUGGCUGAAAAAGGCGGAAGCCGAAGCUGUCAAGGAAAACUGGAGUUGGGAUGCGGUUCGUCAGAAGGAUGCAACUGUUGGUGAAUCGGACUCAGUACCACAGGCAGAAGCGGCAUUCAAAGAUACUGCUGCCGAACAUGCUCCUGCGGUACAAGUUCCAAUGCAGGAUAGAGUUGACAUUGAAUGAAACUCAUGCACACUGACUAGUGAUAAUACGCAAAUUUGCUAGGCACCAGCAUCAACUCACGGACUUGAUGGUGUGGUUUGCUAGAUCGCGGUCAAAUGAAAGCCUGAUGAGUUGGUAUUAAAAAAAGCAUACAGAGAGCCAAAGUUUCUUGGAGCGGCCUCAGUUUUCCAGUCUCGCUAUUUUGAUAGUCUAUUUUUCUAUGUUUGAAAUUUCUCUUCGAUGCAGCAAAGGAUAAUAAAUGGCUUGUGGAUGGUGGAUGGAUGUAAUUGAUGAUGGAAAUUCGAUAGAUGUGUUUGAGAUACCCUGAUAUUGACGAGAUGACUACAUACAUUGUCACUGUGAAGAUUGAUUAAUUGGUUAACAUUGCUAGAUUCAGCAUUGCAUCUUUGACGCCCGGAAGGAUUUCGGUGUGUUGGUAUGGUUAUUUAGAUAUCAGCUUUUACUUUUCGCUAGGUAUCUUACGUAUGGUAGCAUUGUUAUUAUGGAUUAAAGAUGGAAAUGGAAUGGGAUA